GGGAGACAAGGUUGCGACACUCCGAAUCGCCAUCACUGGCUCGCUGGGAGCAGCAAUUCUGGGGGUGCCGACCCGGACCUGAGCAGGUCUUGGAUUGUGUGCUCUCGACCAGGAUAGGCUCCAGCUGACUCCUCCCCUGCCAGGAUGGGUUAAGAGCUGUGGGCGCCAUGCUGACGUUCCUGCAGGAACCAAUUCAAUGGAACAUGCACCACCUCUCGCCAUUCGUCCACGAUCCAUCAAGACAUGAAAAAGAUGCGGUCCCUGAAUCUCUCCCUCCUGCAGUACCACCUGUACCGGAAUGACGGUGGCAUUCAUGGCUACAUGUUCGAAGGGAUGGAAGGGUUCGUUUGUUGUUCCCCAGUACCGGUGCAGUUCCAGUAUCAUACUUGCACCAUCCAAGCACAGAUUUCAUACGCACCAGUACUGGUACUUGUGCUGUACUAGCGAAUAUGUACUCAUACUACUCGUACUAGUACAUACCGGUACUGCUCGUGCAUACUGCAUGCACUCUCUUCCAAAACGACAAAGAACGUAUUAUAAAAUCGUGAAAAUUUAAUGGUGGAAAAAAAAAAGUUAAAAAAAAGCAGGCGAAAAAUAGGGGAAACAAGCAGCCAGCGCUACUCACUCUCCUGCUCCCCCCCUCCACUCGUUCUCCUCUCAUUUUCCCCUUCUCCCUUUCUCUCCCGCACACACACACACACACAUACUCCUUCUCCCUCUUCAUCUCUGCCUUACCCUCCCUUCCUACCCUCCAUCACCAAAUCCCUCCUGCUGCUGUUGUCGGCUGUCGCUCUUUUCCCCUGCACCCAACUGGAUCACGCUCUCUGUUCUAAGUCCUCACGCUCUUUUUUUAUAUUUUUAUAUUUUUAUAUUUUUUUACCAUUCGUUUCUGCUCCCACCUCCUUAAGCGACUCUUUUUAUCUACUCGCUGGAACCCCCGUCCAUUCUUUGCUUUCCAUUCUAACUUUCAUCUCAACUGCUUUACGAUUUGACAUUUAUUUACGCCUUUCACAGUCUGUCCUCUCCCGUCUCGCUAAUUUGUUCGCUUUAUAUCUUUCCCAGCUUCUUCAAUCACCGUCACGUAUAGCACCUUAUCGUCACUUUGCCAUUCCUUUUACUAUUGGCGCCGUUUCUGUUGUACGGUUGGCCACGCCAUACCCAUGAAACGGUUCGUGGUCUUUCCCCGCUCCCACAAUCUCUUGAUACUUUGAUAAAAUCUCGCUUGCUCUUUUGCUGCCAUUGCUACCGAUAAGCCAAUACCCUUGUGCUUUAUUUGUUGAUCUUCUCGUAAAUUUAGGAUUUUCCAUCUGUACUGAUCCGACUGGCCCACCUCUUGUCCGGGAGUACCGUGUUUUCUCUGUCCUGCACUUGCUUCCUCCACGGUCUGCGACGAAUCGGCUUCACUUAAUUCUCCACUCCUUCGCUUAUCUAUCGCUGUAUUCAACCUUCUCUUCCAUGUUCUGUUGUUGAAAAAGGUUUGGUGAAACCUGAAGGGGCGGGGGUUAAUGGACAUGAGUGACCGUCCUCGCCGUGCUGCCCUGCACCAGCGUUCCGAUUCCGAAACAAAUACCCUCCGUACCGUCCAGUCUUCCAAAAGUAACAACUCCUCGGUUUCACAAAAGGGACAUGACGUUUCAACAUGGAAACCCCAAACUAGAGCCACAGUCUCGAGGGACAGCACACGCUCCAGCUCCCGUACGGCCAGUACCAACAAGAGCGGCAGACUGAGACCCUCCGCCUCCCUAGACAGCCUCCCUCCUAUUGCACCCCUCAAGAUACACAAGAGGUUGCCCUCCUCCUCCGUCGCGAGAGAUCCACCUACCGCCUCUACCGCCAGGGACAAAGAAGUUGCGCCCUCAAAGCCCGCAGCCACCGGGCGCACACGCUCCUUUAGUGCUACCGCAGCCAGCACCCAGAGCUAUCCGAAAUCGAUUCUCAAGAAGCCGUCUGAGCCGGCUUUACCUCCGGUCACGAUUGAAGAAUACAACCGCAAAUCAAGUUUAUGGGUGGGAAGUAAUCCGAAUGAUCCAGUCUUGUCGCGAUCCCGAAUGAACGCCCGCACCCUGCGAAUCGUUCGCAAUAACAGCGAUGAUGGAGUCUCGUCGGAUGAUGAUGGUCAGUAUGACGAUAUUGUUGGUCGUCGGAGAUCUGUGUCUGUAACAAUAUCCUCAAGAUCAGCACAGUUUGGGAGUGAAAGCGAAUCAAGUUCGUUUGCUGGGGGCGUUGGUCGUUCGAUAAGCAGCCGGAGUGCUCCAGGCAGAGCCCUCAGCAGUCCGUUGUAUGGACGCGCUGUUACUCCCCAAGAACCCCAGCCGACUUCUUUGGCGAGGCAGUUUCCUGCAUGGGCGAGGUGUGUUUACUUUUUUUCUCAGCUCACGAUAUCUGAUUGGCCGAUUGCCUUGGCUGCUUUUAAGCUUGGCUAGGGAGCGGGGCUGACUCGACGUGCUUUAAUCAGGUAUUUCUACGGCAAGAAAGGUGGUCGAGGAAGUGUUAUCGUCCCCGAAAGAAGUGGAAGUGCCCAUGGCAACGAAGGUGUCGGAAUAGCGAUAUUUGAUCCGAUAAUUCGGAGGCAGCUAAGCGACGACUCUAUGCUCAUCACCGAAGUGAUACCCCCGGCGCAGGCCCACCACGGCCCCAGACGCAUGGCAUCAUCGCAGAGUAUUCCCGGCAUUGAUUGGAUUGGGACUCGAACAAGAGACCCCGAAGCGGCCACCAUGUGGUCGUUACCGCAUCUCGACCAGGCCCCUUUAACCGGCUUUGAGAGCGUCAAUCGUCAGCUCAUACUCUUCUGUCUGGGAUUCGUCCUUCCCUUUUGUUGGAUUAUCGCCGCUGUCCUCCCCCUUCCUCCUCACGCUGAGAUUACGAAGGAGCCAAAGUCGAAUCAGCAGCGGCUUGAAUACACUGCCGAUAUCGAGGGUGCGAGGGUCCCCACAACUGAGGAAGUUGAGGUAUAUCAAAAUGCCCGGUGGUGGAGACGGGUCAAUAGAAUGUUGGCACCCGUAGGCUUGGUUGUCAUCGGUGCUAUUAUCGCUCUUGCUGUUGUUGCUGCUACCCGCGGUGCUUAGGGUUGGGCUUAGUCCGGUUGGGAAAAGUGUAUGUUUUUCUGGAUUAUGGCGUUUACUUAAUACGGGGGCUGGAUCUUGUUUUGAUCCGGUUUUGUUUCGGGGUUCUUAUGGCUGGGGGUUACGGUGGUGCUUUGGGGUGAUUCUUGACAUAUAAUUUUUUUCGCAUACGUUUUUUCUCCUUUCUCGUUUUCCGUUCCUUCACGAUUUACGUGACUCCUUGCCGUUAAAUAUUUUCCUCGUUUUAUGUCCUCCUCAUUCUCUCAUUCUCUCUAUCCCUCUUACUCCUCCCUUACCCUCUCUCUCGAGGUAAUGGAAGUUACAUACUCUACAAAUGAUUUCCUAAAUGAAUCCUAUCGUUGCUAAUUCCCCUUGACAUAUUUUUUUUUUUUCUCUUUUCCAUUCUCACAAAUUAUGCAUCGUGGCUUGGCCCUUACGGUAUUGAUAAUGCCUGAUUUACUACUCUUUUUAUUACUAUAUUCUUGUAUGUAGGCUUUCCACCUCACUUUUGUCGACCUCUUAUCACCUUCAAUACCCUUGCCCUUCCCAUGUGGGGCUGGGGGUGGAAGCGUUCGAUGACAGGUGCUGGUAGUUUUUGUUUUUGUGGGCGGCUGGUUUGGCAGGCUAACGGGGCUGGUUUGGCUCGUAUAUUUGCCUAGAUGGCUAAACGGCUCGGGCGGAUGGGCGGGCGGAUCGAUGGAUGUAGAUUGGACACAUAAACGGGGCGGAACGUACUUGAACCCUCUUUCUUCCCUAUUUCAAUAAGAGCCAGGGCUGCUUUUGGCGGGAAGUCCCGGCUGCAAGCUGUAUGUAUGUACUUGUAUGUAUGUGCGCAUAGCCUUGUGAGCGUGGAGGGGGAGUGGAAAGAAUAGAAUGAAUGGAAGAGCUUGGUAUU